AUGUUCCUAUACAGAAUCUCGCUCACCAUCCGCAUCUCGUGCGUCUGUUGGGCUAUUGCAUCGACUUUGACCCCGUCCACACGAACCAUGGAGCAGAUUCUUGUCUACGAGCUCAUGCCCAACGGCAACCUUGCCAGCUGGAUCGGUCCCGGCGUCUCCAACCCUCUUUCACUGCGCCAAAGGCUGGACGUUCUCAUUGGAGUGGCCAAGGGGUUGCAGUAUCUUCAUGACUUCAAGAUUGUGCAUCGAGAUAUCAAGCCGGCCAAUAUUCUCCUCGAUGGGAAAAUGCAGGCGAAGAUUGCAGACUUUGGGCUCGUGAAGCUGUGUGGCAGCACGUCCACGUGCUCAUCCUUGGCGUCCUCUCGAGUGGUGGGCACACUGGGCUACGUGGACCCUGAAUACUACAAUUCCCAUAAGGCCACUACAGCCGCAGAUGUGUACAGUUUUGGCUUGGUGAUGCUGGUGGUGCUCACGGGGCGCGAGGCUGUGCUGGUGCAAGGGGACACCCGCAUCAAUAUCAAGCGAUGGGUGGCCCCACUGGUGGACUUGGGUGCAGUGGCGGAAUUCAAGGACCCUCAUUUGGAUGCUCCAGAUGCUUUAGUGCUGCACCUGGUUCGCCUUGCCCUUUCCUGCACUGCCAUGCCUGCGUCAUCCCGCCCCUCUAUGCUCCACGUGCUGGGCGAGCUGGUGAACUCGCAGCAGGAGAUGCGUCAGUUGCACAUGAGCACACCAUUUUCUUCCUCGGACCAGGAAAUUGGAAGUUUGAUUGGCGCCUCUGGUCCCACUGUCAAGAUGGGUUCUGAGGAGCAAGGCGGUACUUCAAGUGCCUCCUCUGUUCAUCAUCAUCAAACGUCUGUUGGCUUCUCUAGUCUCACUGCUGACACGUGCUCUGAGGAGCAAGGGGUUAUGUCGAGUGGCUCCUUAGCUUCUGAUCCGCUGCUAAUGUCCGGUACCUUACCCAAGAAGCACCUGCAAUGA